AAGGAGUCUUCGGUAUCCCCAAAUGUAUCGCACAAAACAGAAUCAGAUUCCUGAAUUUUCUCUCUCUACAAUCACAAAUUCAGAAUCUGAUUCCCUCUCUUCAUUUUCUCACAAACCAAACACUCCCGAGAAAAUUCUCCUGGAUCCUACCUCUUCUUCUUCUUCCUCAUCAACUAUCAAAUCCUCUCUUCCCGAUGGGACACGAAGCGAUCGCGGCGGAAACGACGACGCUCGUCUUCACGUACGGAACGCUGAAGAGAGGAUUCUCAAACCAUGUCGUGAUGCAGGACCUGAUCCGUUCCGGCGACGCCUCCUUCAGAGGAAUCUACCAAACCGCUGAGAAAUUCCCCCUCGUAUGCGGACCCUACCGCGUGCCGUUUCUCCUCAACAUCCCGGGAUCAGGUCACCGAGUCACCGGCGAGCUCUACGCGGUCUCGCCUCGAGGCCUGGCUCGGCUGGACGAGCUCGAAGGGUUAAGCCGCGGCCAUUACGUCCGCCUCCCGAUCCGAUUGGCGAAGGCGGAUGGAAACGAAGAAGUAGAAGGGGCGGAGGCGUAUUACGCGCACAAGAGCUACGAGGAGGAGCUGUGGAAGAGAAAUGGAGGGAGAUCGUUCGGAGAGUACACGGAGAAAGAGGCGAAUGGAUAUGUUAAGCGCAAGGAUCGUCCUCCGCAUCUCAGCUUCUUGGAUCACAUCCGUAUCUUCGUCUCUUCUCCUUGUGACUGAUUUUUUUUCUUUCAUUUCUUUGAAAUGGAAAAAAUCAAAAGACCAGAGAGAAUCACGAGAUUCUCUGAUUUGUGGGUGUUGUGUAAAACAUUAUUGGAUCCAACCUUUAAUAAAUUUAGUUGUCCUCCUUUUUUAAAAACUUGCACAAUUGUCUA